ACGACGUCAGUCUGUUACCGGCAUUCGUUGUGUUCACAGAGUAAGAGACAUUCGCUCACCAACAUUUUCUGUGGCAGCAUUCCACAUUUACGUAGAAAGUCACAACGUGUGUAUUUUAUACGCAUUUGACAGUUAAAUCGGUGUGAUUUCAUAUUUUCAAUCAAAAGUUCGGUGGUUUAUAAAUAAAAUUGUUUAUUUUAUUCGUUUGACGUCGUUGUCAAACGGUUCCAACCAUUCUGAUACAAAAGUGAAUAAAUGAAGAUGAAAAAAAUACGAUAAAUACCUGAUUUUUUUUAAAAGUCGAUUAUUUAUGGUGAAAUCGUGAAAGAGAACAAAUGAAAUUGAUUGAAAAUGCGGGCAAGUUAUUGACUGUAAAUUCACGAUUCGUAUUCCACGAAAAAGAAUGAGUAUGCAGUGAAAAUUUAUUAACCGCCAAUCGAAUUGAACAUGAAAUAUACGUUAAAUUCUUAAUAAAAUAAUUACAGUGCAUGUGUUUGUGGAAAAAUAUCAAAGAGACAAACAGAGAGAGGAGAGAGAGAGAGAGCGGGAGUUCAUAGUGCAACAAACUACAAGCGAAUAAAUUGUGACAUUUUUAUAAAUUAUUAAAUUCAACCUCUCUUUAAUCAGCUUUUAACAUACAUAUUUUCAAAGAGUUUAUUUUCGGCAACAAACAUUAUUGGCUCCUAUUAAUCAGACGAAAUAGCAUAGCUUGCGGGUCUAUUUGUUCCAGUUUGAUUUCAUUAUUACACCACUUUUCGUCAAGUGGGCUUCCGAUUCAAUGACGAAACAUUGAGGAGCCAACUAUUGAAGAGCAUCAAGAGCUGCUGACACAUCACAUCGACAAAUUUUCGUUGUUUUGAUAUGAAUCACAUGGGAAAAUAAAGCUACAUUUGUAUCGAAACCAAACUGAAUUCAUCAAGUUGGAGUUUGCAUCGCGAUAGCAAAGGAAGACGUUUCAAUUGAAAGACGACAACGACGACGACGAAAAGUACGAGAAAGAGAGAAACCAAAUUAGAAUCGUCAAGAUGCCGAAUUCAAAGUCAAUACUAAAAAUCCUAUUUGCGCUGGGCGUGUGGUCAUUUGUGGUCAUAGGACUGUUUAAAAUUCAUAGUAAUAAUAUUGUUUUAGAAGAUUAUCCACAAGCGCCGAUGAGCGGACGAUUGCUACUUCAAAAAGAUUCAAAAUUCAAUUUUGAAGCUACAUCAACGACAACCGAUCGCGUUUUACCAUUAGAUGUGCUAAUCGAUAGUCGUCAAGGUAUCGACGAUGAAUCGCUGGUGCGUGACGUAGAGAAUCGCAUACCAUCAUUACCCAUUACAUAUUGGAGUAAAUAUAAAAAUUUCUCACAGAAAAAGGCAUCAACCUGUGCCAAAUACCCGUCAAUAUUUGAAUUAGAAUUCAAUAACAUUUACUGGCAAACAUUGCGCACAACAAAUGGAACGUUUCAAUUGUUUGGCGCAUACUAUGAUAUACGAAAGAAUUCACGCAUUGGACCAGCCGUUCGAAUUCUUGGAAUGAUCGAUCGCAUUGAACCAAAAGUAAAAACAUAUUGUCAAUUUUGGUUUGAUGGCCAAAAAGAACCGUUCAUUGUGAAAACAUUUGAAUACAAGUACAUUUGGUAUAACAAAUGGGGCAACUAUAAGCAAGGCAUUUAUUCACCAUAUUUGAUUGCAUGCCAAAUCCCAAAGCCAUUCCAUGGCAUUGUGCCGGCAUCGGUGUCUAUUGUUGAAAAGGAAUGUGAUACGGCCACAAAUAAUCUACGUGUUAUUUACAAUCGACCGCCUGACGACAAGAAGAAAGGUUUUGCGGUUUGUGUUAAAGGAUUAGAUUUUCUGUACGAUGAUUUGUCGGUGCGGCUGGUCGAAUGGAUUGAAAUGCUUAACAUUUUGGGUGCGGAGAAAAUCUACUUUUAUGAACUGCAAGUGCAUCCGAACAUUUCAAAAGUCCUGAAACACUAUGAACGGGAGGGAAAAGUGCAAGUCACACCGCUUACGUUGUCCGGAGGCCAACCAAAUGUUCCUGGGUUUCAGCACUUGUAUUUAACAAAGAAAACAAAUCACAAGCGACAGAAUGAAAUUAUACCGUAUAAUGAUUGUCUGUACAAAAACAUGUACAUGUAUGAUUUUCUUGCAUUACUUGACAUUGAUGAGGUGAUCAUGCCGAAAGAAGAUAUGACAUGGGCCGAACUCAUGGAUCGUGUUAAGCCAAAAGCAUUGAAAAUUAAAAACGAAACGUAUCCCAGUUAUAACGUUCGUAACGUUUACUUUUUGGAUGCACAUCAACAUGAGCACGGUUGGUAUAGAGACAUUCCAAAAUAUCUACACAUGUUGCAACAUGUAUAUCGUGCACAAAAUUUUACAAAACCAAAUCAAUAUGUGAAAUGCUUUCACAAUCCCGAACGUGUACUUACGUUGCAUAAUCAUUUUCCAUUGGCUUGUUUGGGUGGCGUUUGUCAGUCGUAUCCAAUAUCUACCGACGAUGCGCAAUUACAACACUAUCGGGCUGAUUGCGUGAAAACACUUAAAAAAAGUUGUGAUGAAUUCAAAGAGCAUUCGGUACGGGAUACAACCAUAUGGAAAUUCAAAGAUGAAUUAAUCAAUCGAUCCGUUAAAACAUUGGAAACACUUGGGUUUUUCCGAAAUCCAACGAAAAAUCCAAAUAUCGAACGGUGAUUUUGGGAAUUCUAAAUAAAACCAUCGAAAAUGAUUUUCGCAAAUGAAUUCAAACCAAAACAAAAAAUAAUAUUGAAACUCUAAUCAGAUUUUUUUUAGACGAACUUAUUAACUUAUGAUAUUGAAAGAAUGAGGAGAAAAGAUAUCAAAAUAUAAUAUGACAACGUGUGCUGUCGGAAAAAACAAGAUGAAUAAAAACACAUAUGAGCUUGUGGCUUAAAAUGCCAAGCACUAUAUUAUACUAUGAGUCAACCAAAAAACCGUGAUAUUUGUUCGUAUUUAUAAGUGUAGAAAAUGAAUCUAGCAUCGUUUUUUAAAAAAUCAUUUCGUUUUGCGAUCAGAGUGCAUUUCUGAAUGAGCGAUGCAUUAAAAUCGGAUGAAAUAGUAAUGAACGAUGCAAAAGUAAUGAAUUGAAAUUUAUAAUUUUUACGAAUCAAACGAAUAACUGUUACAUUGUAAGUGAUGUAUAAUUAUGAUUUUUUUUUGUGGAGAACAAAGAAAAGAGAGAAACACAUUUUGCUUUGCGAAUUUAUUCAUACCGUAAUUGAAAGUCAUCGCCUUACUUAAGGAAUAAAAAUGAAAAGAAUCAGGAAUUAAAACCGAACAUUUUGUUUCAUUGCAAAAAAAAAAAAAAAAAAAAUUACACACAGAACAUCAAUCAAUUGUCAGAGCAUAAAAAAACUCAUUGUGGAAUCAGUGUAUGUGGUGUUGUGUAAAAUGGUGUUGAAACGACAAUAAAGAAAUUCCACAAGUUUAUUGACCACAUACAAAAUGUCGUUUAUAUUUGCAUUGAAAUUUAAAUAAUAAGAAGAUGCGAUAGCAAAAAUAAACCAGAAAUCGGUUGAAAUGGAGAAAUGCCGUGCGAUAAUGACAUCACUCAAAAUGAAUCAUGCAACUUGAAAUUCCUCGAUGAUGAAAACGAUAUCGAAUGAGUUGGUCUGCGCGUGCGAGAGGGAAUGCACGCAAAUACUUUCAAAACCAAAAUGUGUAGAAGCAAGAAAAUCGUUUUUUUAUGACUUUUUCGUCGAGAAUGAGUAAUGGUUUCGUGGUCACAAUGUGCAACAUAAAACCAAAAUACAGAGAAUAAACUUACGCCAUCCAUUUUAAAACGAAUGCUAAGUUCGUUGUUAAUUCGAUUUAUUUUUAUGGCUUUUAUUCCACCCCGAUGUCAAAAUCAGAGAAUAACAUAUUUACCGAUUAUUGUGCGGUGUGACAAUUGAAUUUCAACGAAUCACUUUCGCUUGUCAAUGUCAUCAUUCUGAAUCUGCGAUGCAAUCAAUCAUAUGGCGUUGCAUUGAAUAAAAGACGCGCUGGCAGUGCAAAAAAAAGAGAAGAUACUUAAUCAACAACUGUUGCAUUAAAAGUGAAGCUUUAACAGCAAAAUGGUUCAUACAUAUCCAUAAAUUAUCUCUCUCUUUCUCUGUUGAGAGCGCGGGCGCAUCGAUUUCACUAUUAUUCAUGAUCGAAUACAAAGCAAACCCACUGAAUAUGCAAUUUAGUUUUUUCACAAUCUCUUGUGCGCAUAAUAUUGUCAGAAUGAUAAGUAAAAGUGGUGGCGUAAAAAAUUGCGAUAAAUUUCGAAACUACUGUUCAUCGAUGCCAAGGAUAUUUUCGUAUAAAAUGAAGACGUUCCAUUUGAUCGUAUGUCUUUUCUUUUCAUGGCGCGCGCGCACACACAAAAAAAA